GCCAGCCUCAGCCCCUCCUCCGUUAACCAGAACUUCCCAGCCAGCGCUGACCCUGGAAACAAGCAGCUGCUCCUCCAAGGUGCUAGGCAGCAAAGGCAUUUGUGAGCUUCGGAGCAGCACCAGUGCCCUGCACCAUGCCCUAGAGGAGUCGGCUUCCCUCCUCACCGUGUUCUGGAGAGCGGCCCUGCCAAGCACCCACAUCCCUGUGCUGCCUGGCAAAGUGGGAGAAUCAACAGAAAGGGAACUUCUGGAACUGAGAACCAAAGUAUCCAAACAGGAGCGGCUCCUUCAGAGCACAGCUGAGCGUCUGAAGACCGCGAACCAGCAGAAGGAGAGCAUGGAGCAGUUCAUCAUCAGCCAGCUAACCAGAACACACGAUGUUUUAAAGAAGGCAAGGACUAACUUAGAGAGCAACACUUACAGGAUUGCCUCUGUAAAGCCUUAUUCCUGUCCCAGAAAAGGCACCAUGCAAGAAGCGCAGCCACCAGAAGUCCUUAAAACAGCAGGAAAGGCGGGCCUGUCCCCCUUUUGUGCAGCUACCUAUCUGCUGAGGAACUUCUGGGCUUCGUUCCUCCAAGUCCACCGGAGGGUCCAGAAGAGGGAGUCAGAGAUGUAUCCUGGUGGAGCUGGGAGAAAGCCAGAAAGCAUUUCUGAUACCGUUAGCCAAGAUCCACUUGGCCCAGCACUAAGCAGAAGAUGCGUAGUUUGCAUAGAAGGUUUCAUGGUACUGCUUCUCAACAGCCCCAGCAGCUUGGGAACUAGCAACAGCACAUUUCUCACCUCAUCAGCUGUCCUGAGAUGGAAAACUCAGUGGAUAUAGGACCGUGAUUCCGAUGAAUGGGGCACGUGGUCCCAAUGCUGGAGCUCCUCUGGCAGGUUCUAAAAGCACACUACUGAGCAGCGGUGCCCUG